GUUGUAGUCUUAUUUUCGUAUGGUUUGAGUACACCAAGUGAGAAGAAGCUGAAUCCUCCACCGCUCAUUCAUUUGAAAAUCCCACGUGCCUGAAUAUUGGUGCAUUUCUUCUUCUAAAAAUAAUAGUUGUCACUUCCAAACUAUUCACGACAAAACACACUAACAUAUAACAUUAUUGGCCUCGAAAGAGGAGUGAACAUCUACCCUAGCGGUGUGAACUGAACCAACUUCACUGCACCAGAAAGGCUUUCAACCAUCUACUCCACUUCUUCACACUCUGUGUGUGAAAACUUGUUUUGAGUAGAGGUUCAUGGUAAAAAUUGUGUCUUUUGAUGGGAGGUUUAAUGCUCUAUAGUCUUAAGAAAGUAUUGGAAUGGAAGCACAACGCAAAAGGAAAAUAACAAUCUCUUCUUAAUGGAAAUAAGUAUUGCAAGGUCUCAUCUUGAAACACAGGGAAUAUUCUUUUCAAAUGUUUCAAGAACGAUAGGAUGGGAAAGCACCAAGAAACUUCCAUGUAAUGUGGCUUCCCAGAGUUCAAGAUGGGACUUUCACAGAUUGGCCUCUUCCCAUCAAGCUUUUACUGCAGUGUAUCCUAGAAGGCCUUUUAUCUGUAGAGCAAAUUCUAUGCCAAUUAGUUUACAGGAAUCUGCAUCAUAUGGAGAUAAUUCUAUUGAGGAUGAGGAUCCAUCUACAGACUUGGAAGAGGAAACUUUGGCAAAACCACCUACCAGUGAACAGAUAAUGGCACUGCUUGCUGACACACAGGGAGCAAAACUCACUAAGAAGCUUAGUGAAGCCAACCGGCAAAAUCGGUUCCUAAAAAGACAGUUGAAUGUAACGGAGGAUGCAUUGGUAAAAUUCAAAAAUGAACUUGCAGUCAUGGAGCUUGAAAUUCAGGCCUUGGCCAGAUUAGCAGAAGAAAUAGCUCAAUGUGGUAUUCCAGAAGGUUCAAGGAAGAUCAAUGGAAAGUACAUUCAUUCUCACCUUGUUGCUAGAUUAGAAGCUGUAAAUGAACAACUGAAGGAACAAAUAAAGGAUGUUGAUGCGGCACAAUCAAAGGAGGUUUCUGUGUUUUGGGUUGGCAUGGCUGAGAGUGUGCAAGUUAUGGGCACCUUUGAUGGCUGGAGCCAAGGAGAGCACCUUUCACCUGAGUAUACUGGUUCUUACACAAGGUUUUCAACUACAUUGUUGCUUAGGCCAGGAAGGUAUGAAAUCAAAUUCUUAGUAGAUGGUGAAUGGCAUCUGUCACCAGAGUUUCCCAUUAUUGGUGAAGGGUUAACCAAAAAUAAUUUGCUAGUUGUUGAGUAAUGAAUUAAUGAUUCAUAUUUUCAAUCCUAGUAACUGAUACAUAAGCAGAAACUUGAGUGUUAUUUUCUUAAAGUUAUUUAAAUUUUCUUUCUUUGGUGUAUAGGCACACACACUUUUUUGAGUGUUUUGUGUUGCUACACUUUUUGAUCUGCAAUUAUAUUUUUAGGUUUUCAGCUAA